GUGAGCAGCAACCUUCAGGCUUCAGGGGAGUCACGACUCAGAAAAACUCAGGAGGAAGAAUUCUCAACUCCAUUGUUGAGCCAAGGGAAGAAGAAGGAGCAAGAAGAAAUAUCAAAGUUUUCUAAAAUCCUGAGUGAAAAACGCAGCAGCAACUUCUUCAUUCAUUCAAGCAAAGAAAAGAGGAAGAACUUCAACUCCAUUGGUGAAACAAGAAGAAGAAAUCAUCAUAAGUUUCUUCAAAAUCCUGGCAGCAGUAAACCGUCAUCUUGUGAGCCAUUUUCAUAUAUCUUAACGUCAUUAUUUCAGUCUGAUUUUUGAACAAAAGUUGUAGCCUCGUGUCUCGCGAAUCCAACGCAUCAAACGGUUUGCGAUUUCGUUGAGAAACGAAGGAGAUAUGGUCAAAAUACCGAGACUGCGUCGGUGGCGACGGGCCUCUCGGGUUUGACUACUUUCU